CUUUGCUUAACCCAACGUGAUGACGACCAUGAAGAGUAAGGCGGUCGAUCGCCCGGAAUCUUCGACCGAACCAGCCAAGACAGAGCAAGAAUUGAACCCAAAAACAACACGCUAUGAAUUUCUCGGUCCUUUGGGUGCUUUGGGAAUGACUACUGUAUUGCCUGUUCUAGUCCUAUUCUUUGCUGUUGGUUGUGAUAGCACCGGCUACCCUUCUAAACUCUUACUGCAUGACCACAAGGCCUUCUUUGCAAAGAUGAUGACACCUGAAUAUCUCGGCCAGUUAUACGACCCCAUGGCUUUUGGCGUGUACGUUGCCUUUGUAGCCUUGUUGGCUAUUUUCUCUCUUGUGCUUCCAGGUGAUGUUUGGCCUGGAUCACAGUUGAGAGACGGCACACACCUCAAAUACAAAAUGAAUGGUUUCGCUUCUCUUCACACCACAUUUUUCUGUGGCCUGUACUUUAUCAAGGAUCUCGGAUUGAAACCUCUUCUUUUUGUGCAUGACCAUUGGGUUGGGCUGGUUGUGUCUUCAAUCAUCUUUAGCUACCUUGUUUCAAUUUUUGUCUACUUUAAAAGCUUUAAGAAAGGAGCUUUGUUGGCUUUGGGUGGAAACACUGGGAAUUUCAUUUACGAUUUUAUGAUUGGAAGAGAGCUGAACCCUCGUAUCGGCGAAUUCGAUAUCAAGUUUUUUACAGAGUUGCGCCCUGGUAUGAUCGGGUGGGCAGUGAUCAACCUGUCCUUUGCCGCAAAGCAGUACCUUGAUCUUCACUACAUCACGAAAUCUAUGGUAUUGGUCCAGGUUUUCCAGAUGUGGUAUAUUGUCGAUUCUUUGUGGAACGAGGAAGCCGUCUUGACUACAAUGGACAUCACUACAGAUGGCUUUGGCUUUAUGCUUGCAUUUGGUUUAUACACAUGGGUCCCAUUCACAUACUCUCUCCAGGCCCGCUAUCUGGCCGACUUCCCUACCGAUAUUAGCUAUUACACUGCUGCGGGUAUUGUUGCUCUCAACUUGAUUGGAUACACCAUAUUUAGAAGUGCCAACUCCCAAAAGAAUGCUUUCCGUAUCAACCCAGUUGGACCAUCUGUGAAGCAUCUCAAGUUUAUUGAGACCAAGAGUGGCAGCAGACUUAUUACUUCUGGAUGGUGGGGGAUGUCUCGCCACAUUAAUUACCUUGGUGACUGGCUCAUGGCAUUGUCUUGGUGCUUGCCUUGUUGCUUUGGAUCCCCAAUUCCUUACUUUUAUGCAUUUUACUUUGGAAUCCUCUUGCUGCAUCGUGAGAGAAGAGAUGACCACAAAUGCCGUACCAAGUAUGGAGAAGACUGGGACAAGUAUUGCAGCAUUGUCAAGUAUAGAAUCAUACCAGGUGUCUACUAAGAUCUCUUCAAAAGAGACGCUACAAAAUUUAUUCCUCAUUAGUAUUUAUACAUCUUUUUUUUUAAAGAAAAGAAAAAUUAAUUAAUCAAAUAAUCAAUUAAUAAAUAAUAAAUAAUAUUUAUAAAGAG